UUUGGAUUUCAAAAAGCGUGCUCGGAUACUCGAAUUUCCUUUCUAAAGCGCACAGCUCUCGGGUAGCGUCUAGAGGCGAAACGGUAUUGAUACGUACCCUAUUUAAUACACAAUCUUUAGUACAUAAGCAGGACGCGAUUGACACGUCUGGUAAAGCUCUACAACACAAGACACUGAAACUGACUGGUAGUAUCACUGUUUGUUCUUUGAACAUAAUCCUGUAUGCAUUAUACACGUCGCAUAAAUCUAACCUUUCACCCCAAACACGUCACAACGUCACAAAAAUGGCGACCUCCUUGCAGAAUGUCGCCAGGCUUCUACAACGCAUUUCGCCUUCCGUAUUUUGUCCGCUUCUAACACGUCAGUUGUGUUUACAGAGAGUCACAGCCAGAGCAUGGCUAGCCCCUCCACCCCUUGUACCUCCAAUUCGCCCAUUCUGCAAAGCAACAGCUCUGGAAGAUGACAACACCACCCAGGCAUUUGAAGAACUCUCUCGCUACAAAGACAAACCCUGGGAGUACUUGGAGAGCGAAGAGUACACUGAGCUGUAUGGAAGUAAUCCUGUCUGGGCCGGUUACCGUAGAAACCACAAAGGAGGGAUUCCCCCACAGAAGACUCGCAAGACAUGCAUUCGGGGAGGCAAGACCUGUGGAAACCCGUGCCCGGUGUGUCGGGAUCCCAACAUCAUCAUCCAUCAUCAGAAUGUGAAGUUGUUACAGCAGUUCAUCAGUCCUCACUCAGGAGUCGUGUAUGAUCCCACACGCACUGGCGUCUGUAUGAAGCAGCAGAAGCGGCUUAACCAGGCCAUCCACAUGGCCAGAGACCAUGGUCUACUUCCCUUUCAGAUCGCACAUGUGGAGUUCACUGGUGAGGUCUACUCCAACUCCCAUGAUGCCGUGGGUUUCACUCAACCGCCCCCAUUGUCGGGGGAAACCUGGUACAAGUGGUACGGUCAAUUGAUACCUGAUGAAAAGGAGGUGGCCAAAAUCAAGAAGUUGUACAAACCAUAUCUCAAGUAAAAUAGUGCUGAUGUUACAAAUAAAAAUAAGUCA